AGAGGGAACACAUCGAGAAGCUGAACAACAGCCAGAGAGCCAGAAACAAAAAUCAAAUCAGCUAUAAAAAUACAAAAGUUCGCCAGCCGGUCUCCAGCUGAAGAGGAAAAUAUAACAAUUAAGUUCGUGCAAAAAAUACAGUGAACAAUGUGCAAGCAAUGAGUACAUUUUAAUUGCUACACCAUCUAGUGAUUACCGUUACGAAAAAGACAAAUAUUUUCCUGAGAAUAUUUAGUUUGGUAAAGCCAAAAAAAGAACGAAAAAAUGGCAAGUGCUGUGCGUGGUGAGAAGUGCGGAAGGAGCCUCAUUCGAGAGCUAAUUGUUAUCCUGGCGUUAGUCUCGAUGGCAGGGGAGUCGAAGGCAUCUCCUUUCGAUCCAAACUUCAUGAUAGAGGGCGUGCAGUCGGAAGUUGUGAACCCAUUUAACCGCACCAUCUUUAACCGCUUCAACCUAACUGAGGAGCAAAUCCUAGACAUCCAGAACCGCAGUAAUCCCAAUUUGAGAGACAAUACCGGUCCGUCCUCCAAUCAGUAUCUUCAGCAGGUCGCCACCCACCGACUCAACGACAUCGCCAAGCGUGUUCAAAAAGCUAUCUCAAACGAUCCCAGCGUCAGCGUGUCCAAGGAAAAGGCCGGCUUUCCCAUCUGCGAGGGGGAGACUACCAGACCGGAGGAGUGGCAGUUGGGCAACAACGUGACGCUCCAAUUCGCCAGCAGCGUUUUCAUUUCCAACAAUGACGACCGUUUGAGCAGCGCUCUGCUCCGCCUCUAUAAGACCAACCCCGGGCAGGCUCGCGAUCAAAAUCCAGGCCAGGUUCCAGCUCAGCCGGUCAGCACAGAGACCCCGGGCAGCACGUCACCAAAUUGUGCGGAGCAGCCUCCUGUGGGUCCCCAGAUUCGAGUCACGGUCUCCAUUGUCCUCCAGCAGAGGAAGAAACGUAAGUUAGAGCGCAAGAAGCGCACCUGCAACACCGCCAUGCUGAGCAGCUCCGCCACUGGUUGGGUGGAGAUCGACGUGAAGUGUGCCCUCGCCUACUGGGAGCAGCAGCACCGCCAGAAUCCACGCCAGCAGCAGCCCCACUUGACCUCCAGCGUGGUGGGAAUUCUGAUGAUCGAGGUGCACGACGACGAGGAGAAUCCGCUCAAGCCGGGGCUCUACUUUGAGCCACCCACUUGCGAACAGGCAGAGAUUGCAGUCCCAUGGAGCGUUUACCGAACAGAACCGUUUAAGUCUCAUCUGGCGAGUUGGACAUUGCCAAGAAAACCAAGGUUAGACAUUCUCUUCAACGGCAGCAACUCCAUAAAGAGCAUCUACAACACACCCAAGAGCAAAACGUACAUCGAAUCCACCACAUCCAACUCACCAACGAUCGACAACCAGCUAGACGAGAGCGGCGAAUACGAAAGCCAGCAGCGUGGUCGCACUCACCUGCACCACCGGCGCCACCACCACAGCCACCAGCAGCCGGAAUCGGACUCCGAAUCCGCCCAAUUGGAAGCCGAGAUCGAGGCGGAGGAGCUGAUGUCCUCGGCGAGCAACAGCGAACAGCAGAUGGAGCCGAUCUCGAACCACCACCGACAUCGGACUGGCCAUCAUCAUCCACACCAGCUGCAUCAACACCAUCAGCACCACCAUCGCCACCCCAAGCACCAUAAGAUCCCGACCCACAAGCAGGAAUAGAUGUCACAAUCGCCCACCCGAAUCCUCAUUCUCUCCCAUCCACACUCAUGCUGGUCUUAUGAUAAUUUCUUGUUUUAUAUUUGUUACUUUAGGGCCAGUUGACUUAAUUAGUUUUUAGUUGAUCGGUUUCCCCAACCGCGUAACCUUAUUUAAAUUUAAUAUUUUAAAUUUCUUUGUAAGCUAAGCCAGUUUUCGAUCGAAAUUCGAUUUUAAUUUUAAAAUCUCUCUUAUAUUAGAAGCCUGUGAUUUAGAUGGGGUUGAAUUCGCACAUGUUUUGCAACAAAAAUUGUUAGAAGCUCAAGAAGAAAAGCAAACCCGAAAAACAA